GUGGGCGGGGAGUGGGCAGGACCGACCAGGGCAGCCCGGUAAAAAAGAGCGCGGCGCUCUGCCUUCUCUGAGAGCCCUCGGGACGCGACCCCGCCACCGAGCCAGCGCCGACCCAACGAGCUUCAGCAGAGGGAUCAGCGUCGGGGUGCACACUCGGUACCAUGGCCCAGACGCCCGCUUUCAACAAGCCCAAAGUAGAGCUGCAUGUCCACCUGGAUGGAUCCAUCAAGCCGGAAACCAUCUUAUACUAUGGCAAAAAGAGAGGCAUCGCCCUCCCAGCAGACACAGUGGAGGGGCUGAACAACAUCAUCGGCAUGGACAAGCCCCUUUCGCUCCCAGGAUUCCUGGCCAAGUUUGAUUACUACAUGCCUGCUAUCGCGGGCUGCAGGGAGGCCAUCAAAAGGAUCGCCUAUGAGUUUGUGGAGAUGAAGGCCAAGGAGGGUGUGGUGUAUGUGGAAGUGCGCUACAGCCCACAUCUGCUGGCCAACUCCAAAGUGGACCCAAUCCCCUGGAACCAGACUGAAGGGGACCUCACCCCUGAUGAGGUUGUGGAUCUUGUGAACCAGGCCCUGCAGGAGGGAGAGCAAGCAUUCGGAGUCAAGGUCCGAUCCAUACUAUGCUGUAUGCGCCACCAACCCAGCUGGUCCCCUGAGGUGCUGGAACUGUGUAAGAAGUACCAUCAGAAGACCGUGGUGGCCAUCGACCUGGCUGGUGAUGAGACCAUCAAAGGAAGUAGCCUCUUCCCAGGCCACGUGGAAGCCUAUGAGGGGGCUGUGAAGAGUGGCAUUCACCGCACCGUCCACGCUGGGGAGGCGGGCUCUGCUGAAGUCGUGCGAGAGGCUGUGGACGUACUCAAGACAGACAGGGUAGGACAUGGCUACCACACACUGGAGGAUGAGGCCCUCUACAAGAGGCUACUACAAGAAAACAUGCACUUUGAGGUCUGCCCCUGGUCCAGCUAUCUCACAGGCGCCUGGGAUCCCAAAACGGAGCAUGCAGUUGUCCGCUUCAAGAAAGACAAGGCCAACUACUCACUCAACACGGACGACCCGCUCAUCUUCAAGUCCACCCUGGACACUGACUACCAGAUGACCAAACGGGACAUGGGCUUCACUGAGGAGGAGUUCAAGCGACUGAACAUCAAUGCGGCCAAGUCGUGCUUCCUCCCCGAGGAAGAGAAGAAGGAGCUUCUGGAACGACUCUACAGAGAAUACCAAUGGUCGCCACAGGCUGAAGCAGGGCAGGUUCCCUGAAGAUGGCAAGGCCACUUCUGAGCCUCAGCCUGUGGAUGGAGUCUUCACAACUCUACGACACUUACCUUCAUUCCUUCCAGACCGUGGAGUGGCCAGGUCUGUCCUCUGAUCGGGUGUUCUGGCCAGGGCCCAGGGGCCUUGCCAAUCGUGGGUAUGAAUUGGAAACCUUCCUUCUAAGGCUGAAAACCUGGUGUUCAAUAAAGCAGCUGGUGACUGGUA